UGAAUACAGCCAGCUGCAACUUUUGUUGCUGCGCAGCUGCCGAUGGAUCCUCCUCACUCAAGCAAGUUGGGCUCAUUUAAAGCCGAGCCAGGCGGCUGCAUGAUGUCACAUCCGUGGAGUAGGGUCUUCUGAAGGAUUUACUCUGUUUUUCGCCGCACAAACUUUUUUCCCCUCGCCAAGGUUUCCUCCAUCUCAGCCGGGUGCCACGCGUGACGGGCACGAGUGAAUGGACGUGCCGACCUCCUCUGGCUUCCCUGGAUGUUUAUGUUUUUACCCCAGAAUAGUGGACGCGGUGGUCAAGGUGCACGAAUUUAAAAAAAGAGAUAAACAAAACAAAACUUGAGAUCCUUUGUGAACUGGGGCCGUUGAGGUGAAACUGCUGCAGAAUGUGGUCGCUGACCGUGGUUCUGAAUCCAUUGCUCUUCCUGCUGCUGUUCGGAUAUUGUCCUACUGUGACUAUCAGGCCAAAGGAGGGUUGGCAGGUGUACAGCUCAGCUCAGGAUGCAGAUGGGCGCUGUAUAUGCACAGUGGUGGCACCUGAACAGAAUCUUUGCUCCAGAGAUGCCAAAGGCAGGCAGCUCCGCCAGCUCCUGGAAAAGGUACAGAACAUGUCACAGUCAAUUGAGGUGCUGAAUCUUCGGACUCAAAGAGACUUUCAGUACAUCAUGAGGAUGGAGAGCCAGAUCAAAGGGUUGCGGUCAAAGUUCCGGCAGAUCGAGUCAGACAGGAAGACCGUCGCCAACAAAAACUUUCAGGAGCUGAAGGGGAAGAUGGAAUCCCUGCAGCCACUUAUCCCCGUCCUGGAGCAGUACAAGACAGAUGCCAAGCUAAUCUCCCUGUUCAAAGAAGAGAUCAGAAACCUGUCCAGUGUGUUAAUGGGAAUCCAGGAAGAAAUGGGUGCCUAUGACUAUGAGGAGCUGCAGCAGAGAGUCCUGAACUUGGAGAACAGGCUCCACAGCUGUAUGAACAAACUCACAUGUGGCAAGCUGAUGAAGAUCACUGGGCCACAGACAGUAAAGACGUCAGGGACCAGAUUUGGUGCUUGGAUGACUGAUCCAGUAGCUUCUCCAAAAAACAACAGAGUUUGGUACCUGGACAGCUACACCAACAAUAAGAUAGUGAAAGAAUACAAAUCCAUCCAUGACUUUGUGGCAGGAGUUGAAUCUAGAACCUACAACUUGCCUUUCAAAUGGGCGGGAACCAACCACGUGGUCUACAACGGAUCUCUGUACUACAACAAGAUGCAAAGCAACAUCAUUGUCAGGUACAGCUUUGAGACCGGCCGUGUUAUAACACAGAGGGCACUGGAGUCAGCAGGCUUCCAUAAUGUGUACCCAUACACAUGGGGAGGCUUUUCAGACAUUGACCUGAUGGCUGAUGAGUUGGGUCUGUGGGCUGUGUAUGCAACCAACCAGAAUGCUGGGAACAUUGUCAUUAGCCGGCUAAACCCAGACACCCUCCAGAUCCUUGACACAUGGAACACAGAAUACUCCAAGAGGAAUGCGGGUGAGUCUUUCAUGAUCUGUGGGACUCUCUACAUUACCAACUCUCACCUGACUGGGGCAAAAGUGUACUAUGCCUACUCAACUAAAACAUCCACAUAUGAGUAUACAGACAUUCCCUUCCAUAACCAGUACUUCCAUAUGUCCAUGCUGGACUACAAUGCAAGGGAUCGUGCUCUUUAUGGCUGGAAUAAUGGCCACCAGGUUCUGUUUAAUGUCACACUUUUUCACAUUAUUAAAACAGAGGAUGACUCUUAAAGACACUGUUCUCCCAUCUAUGAAUGAAAGAAAGCAUUAAAAACGGGAAGGUUGUGCCUAAACAUAAACAGAUUGUUUAUUUUUUUUUUUUUUUAUUGUCCCGAUUGCUUUACUCUUUAUGCCUUUAUUUAUCUAACCUGUUUAAAUAUGAAACUUUUUUAUUGCUGUGUACUGUUUUUUUUUCUGAUAUAGGACAGUCCAUAAAAAAUCAUUAACGCUUUUUGACACCCAAAAAAUUAUUCAAGCAGUAUAUUUCUCUCUGCAAGUGAUGUUUGUUUUUGAAAGAAUUUAGUGUUAUUUAUAAUUAUCCUCUCAAAUCACAGUUAUUUAUCCCUGUUAGUUUAAUCAAAUUUUUGACUGUGGUCAUUAAUUGUUUCAUUCUUUCCUUCCCAUUAAUUUAUUAUGCCAACAUAAAUCAUUCCUGCUUUUCACUGCCUGCAUAAAAUUUCGUAUUUUUCCCCAUCCCAGCUUUUGCACUUGAUCUUGUUAAAGAACAUAGAAAAUGUGGGGAGGGACCAUAAUACACCUGUACAGUACUUAGCUGUUUUUGUGUUUAUGUAGGGAUAAUGCAGCAAUCACGGUCACUGGAUAUCUUGAAGCAGUGAGUCAAAGUACUUAAGGAACACUAAUAUUGGACUGCCUUUAACUUAGUACUCUGAGACAUUAGUUUUUUUCUAACUUUAGCAGCAGUUUGUAUGCCUUAUUCUGUGUAGUAUCUUCUGUAAGCCAAAGGAUAACACUCUUGUGCAUGAAUGUUGGCUAUCCUGAGGGCUUUUUACUGUAUUUGUGUGUAUUUUGUAUUUGAAAAACUGUAUUCUCAUCAAUUAUAGCUGUACUUGCCACAAUCCAUUAUUACAAUCUUCAGUAGUUCCCUUUCUCAUGUAUUUGUUUGUGUAAAUAGGAUGGUAUGUAAACACAAAUAAAAAUAUUGUUUUCAUUA